AUGGACGCCUGCAGGGAGGAUCUGCCAAAGGUGUCGAUCGAAACAGAACAAGAUUGGAAACGCAUCCAAAACAACUUGUCCGAAGCUCUGUCGGCACGACUGGACAAGGAGCUCGAGUCGCGCGGAAACCCUGGUGACAAGGAGGCCAUCUUACCGCACAUCGACCAGUUUCUAGAGACGCUCUUCGACAUAGCUCGCCCUAAUUUACGUAUCAAUGGUCGGACGACGGACUCGGAACCAACUCAAGAUGACGACGUAGAACCGUUUGACGAGGCAUUGGAUCGGUAUAUCUGGUCACUCUCCGACCAGAGAUUAAAGUGGGACAAGGACGUCGCGGCGCGAAGGAGGACGCGUCCCAAAGAAGUAGAGAGGCUGAUAUCUGACACCCUCGCUCAGCACGACUCGGUGGAGCUGGACGUGGCUCAGGAGGACCCAACGUAUGAUGUUCCAGACAAACCGUUCGACCCAGAGCCUCAGGAAGUGUUUAGUAGUGCGGCAUCGCUUACAGCGCAGCUAUCCCAGUCGAUAUCCCUACAACACGAACGCGCCAUAAGAGCAAAGUCGGUUUUCCAAGAAAUAAAAGUCCUCAAGUCAUGA